GUGCAAAAAUUAGUGUUUGGUUGUAAAAAUGCCAAACGGUUAGUAAAGCAAAAAAGUUGAAACCAAUUGGUAACUUGAAAUAACAGGUCUAUUCUAAGUGAUUCACUAUUGUUUGUAAUGAGGCAGAUUGGUUCAAGUAUUUAACAACCGAUGGCAUAGAUGACUAUUUAGUGUUAAAUGUUUUUGUAGAUGAAAUUUAUGUUUCUAGUCGGUAUCGUAUUGACAAUGAAAGAUUAACAGGGGUAGCACCAGGUGAAAGUACAGGUGCAACGAUGUCUGGCAACGAUGAUGAGCAGGAGGACAGUGACACCAACUUAUUUGAUGGAGGUCUAGAUGGAUCAGACACCAUGGGUUUCGGUCCCCUGGUUCCUACUGAAACUGAGAGGUCACUUAUGGAGCGAGUGAGACAAGAACUGAAGCAUGAGCUCAAACAGAGUUACAAAGAAAAGAUAGGGGACAUCAGGGAAGAAAUUUUACGUAAAAGAAGAGCUGGAAAGCUGCCCGGCGAUACUACUUCUGUCCUGAAAGCCUGGUGGCAGUCACACUCAAAAUGGCCUUACCCAACGGAGGAAGACAAGGCAAGAUUAGUUGCAGAGACUGGGUUGCAACUGAAACAGAUAAACAAUUGGUUCAUCAACCAAAGGAAAAGAAAUUGGCACAUCAAUUCUUCCUCCUCAACUUCUUCUCAGAAGAGCAAACGCAGGAGGUAGCAACGUGGUGACUUAUGCUG